CUGAAUAGAGAGAGAGAGAGAGAGGGAGAGAGAGAGACAGAGAGAGAGAGAGAGAGAGAGAGAAACUUUAACUUUAAGAGAGAGAGAGAGAGAGAGAGGGAGAGAGAGAGACAGAGAGAGAGAGAGAGAGAGAGAGAGACUUUAACUUUGGUUAAAUUGAUGUCUAUCCUUUGUAAAGCCAUUACUAAGUCUUUAGUCACAUAA